GGGAGCGAGGAGCCCUGGGGCAGAGCUCAUUCCCCCCGCCGCGGGGCAGGAGGCACCGUCCCGACACGGCCCCACCAGUCAUCUGAUUCCCCCCGCCCCACCAUGUCCCAGUCAGCCGGGUAUAAAUCCAUGACCCCCAGUGCUGAGCCACGGAGAGCCCCGUGCUCCGGACUCGCUUGUUCCCACCGCCAUGGGACGGAGCUGCUCCUUCCUCCUGCUGCUUCUCCUCCUGCCCCCGGGGCCGGCAGCCGCCUUCUCGCUCCUGCGGUACCGCUACGACUGCGGGGACUACGGCAUGCAGCUGCAGGCAUAUCCCACCCGUGGCCGCACCGUCCGCUUCAAAGUCAUGGACGAGUUCGGCACCCGCUUUGACGUGGCCAACUGCUCCAUCUGCCUCCACUGGCUCAAUGCCGGGGCGGACGGCGCCGUCAUCUUCUCCUCCGGCUACGAGGGCUGCCACGUCCUGGUGAAGGAGGACCGCUACAUCUUGAGGGUGCAGCUGGAGGAGAUGCUGCUCAGCGGGGUCCUGGCCGCCUCCUAUGAAGUCAACAUGACCUGCCCGCAGCCGGGUGACGAGGAGAUCCUCACGGCCGGCAAUGCGCACACCGAGCACCGGGCCGGUCGGGGCAACAACGUCCACCAGACCCAGACCGAUGUCCUCGUCCCCCUGUCCCAGCCUGGCCUCCUGCACCACAUGUCCCAGUCUACCCUCGCCCUCCCGGGACGCCAGCUCUCUCCCCAAGCCAAUUCGGAGCAGGUUCACCCCGUGGCUCAGACCCAGCCGGUCCUGGUGCACCCCGGGCUGCAGCCCCAACCCCAGCCCAGCCUGGUUCGCCCGGGGCUUCAGCCCCAGCCUGGCAUCAUUCGCCCCAUCAACCAACCUCAGCGGGGCUUAAUUCGCCCGGGCAUGCAGCCCCCAGCCCAGCCCGGGCUGCUGCACCCCAGGGCUCAAACCCAACCAGGUCUUCUUCGCCCGGGGCUUCAGACCCAAAACCAGCCUGGGUUGUUGCACCCCGGGGCUCAAACCCAGCCAGGGCUCCUUCGCCCGGGGCUUCAGACCCAAAACCAGGCUGGGCUGGUGCACCCCGGGGCUCAAACCCAACCAGGUCGUCUUCGUCCAGGGCUUGUGCCCCAAAACCAGCCUGGGUUGGUGCAUGCCGGUGUCCAGUCUAGCUUAAUGCACGCUGGUGCUCAAAGUCAAGCAGGCUUUGUACGCCCGGGAUCUCAGCCCCAAAGUCAGCCGGGCUUAGCUCACCCCAGCCUUCAGACCCACUCCCAAGCUGGUCUCCUCCGCCCUGGGCUCCAGAGCCAAGCUGGGCUGCCUCACCCUGGCUCCCAGCCUGGCCUGGUACGCCCGGUUCUCCAGAGCCAAGCUGGGCUGGUACAUCCCAGUCAUCCCCGACCGGGUCUAGUGCGCCCGGGACUCCAGUCCCGACCAGGUUUUGUACGUCCUGGACUUCAGGCUCAGCCCCAGCCGGGGCUGGUGCACCCAGGACUGCAGCCCCAAGCCCAGCCUGGCUUGCUGCAUCCUGGGCUUCAAUCCCAGCCUAGUCUACUGCAAUCCACGGCUCUCUUCUACCACUCGGCAGGGGCAGGCACCCAGUUGACGCGGGAGCAGUGCCAGGUAGCGGUGGGGAGGAUGCCCUGCGUGGCCCCGCAGGGCCGGGAGGCAUGCCUGCAGGCGGGCUGCUGCUACGACGACAUGGACCGCAUCGCGCCCUGCUAUUACGGCAACACGGCCACCGUGCAGUGCCUGCUGGACGGGCACUUCGUCCUGGUGGUGCCGCGGGGCCUCACCACCCAGCCCUACAACCUGGACAGCGUGCGCCUCGCCAGCACCCAGGCCGGCUGCGAGCCCGUCAGGGUGACGGAAACCUUCGUGAUGUUCCGCUUCCCCGUCACACAGUGCGGCACCACCGUCCAGGUGAUCGAGGACCGGCUGAUCUAUGAGAACCAGCUUAUCUCCACCAUCGACGUCCAGGGUUCCCCCCGUGGCUCCAUCACCCGGGACAGCAUCUACAUCCUCCAGGCUCGUUGCAUCUACAACGCCAGUGACCUCCUGCCAUUCCGCGUGGAGGUGGCCGUGCCCCCCACGGCCGCCCCCCUGGCCAUGCUGGGGCCGCUCAGGCUCCAGUUACGCAUCGCCACUGACGAGAGCUACACCUCCUACCACCCCGACGGCGACUACCCCUUGGUGAGGGUGCUCCGGGACCCCAUUUACGUGGAGGUUCGCCUCCUGCAGAAGACGGACCCUAACCUGGUGCUGGUCCUGCACCACUGCUGGGCAUCCCCCAGCACCGAUGCCGCGGCCGAGCCCCAGUGGCCCAUCCUGGUGGAUGGGUGCCCCUUCACAGGGGACAACUACAGGACCCAGCUCGUGCCCGUGGGACCGGCCUCGCCGCAACUGCCCUUCCCGAGCCACUACCAGCGCUUCGUCAUCUCCACCUUCACCUUCGUGGAGCCCCCCUCCAUGGCGGUGCUGGAGGGAGAGGUGUACAUCUCCUGCAGCGCUUCUGUUUGCCACCUGGCACAGCCCGAGCCCUGCCGGCCCUCCUGCCAGCUGGGAGUGCCUUCACGAGCGCGUCGGUCUCUGGGGGACGGGAGGACAGCCGAAGCCAUGGGCACGGUCACCUCCCAGGGACGCGUCAUCUUCCCCAGAGUCCCCAAGCUGCAGCGAGGCUGAGCUCAAAGG